GCGUCACGCUGGAGGAGCCGUGCGCGUCUACGGCAGAGCUUGCAGAGCAACUGCUGCUGCCGGCGGCUGCGAAGUUUCCCGAACGCCUCCGAUCCCCCAAACCCGAGAUCAGCCGAAAGUGUUGCGCUGCUUCCGGAGUGUGCCGUCGUCGGGCUCCGGGUGAUUGGUGGAUGAGAAUCACGGAAUAAAGAGAAAAAAGAGAGGCCAUUUCCACGGAGCAUCCCUCUUGAGCCCCUCCCAGUCCGGGGAUUUUUUUGGGGGGGAUUCGAGGCUUGACAAAGAGAGCGAGCAAUCAAGAUGAAGGUAGCCAGCGCCGCAGUGCUUAGCGCCCUGUUCUGCACCGUUGUGUCAGCAUCUUUAAAAGUCACAGAGGAGCACAGGACAGCAUUCUUCGGAGAGGACAUUCACAUCGACGUCCCGCCUGGGAACCUUGGUGAGGUCGUGUUCAAACCCAGGACCAAAGGCCUCCCUGAGGUGGUCCUGAUGCGAGCGGGUGUGGUGGUGAAUCCACGGGGCAGCAUCAACUCUCUGGACCACCUGUUGCUGGAGGACGUGCAGGAGGAGGACGAGGGGGUGUACGUCAUCAAGAACACCAACAGAACCGACACAGUCAAGCACCUCGUCCUCAUUGUCAGGGACUGCGCUGUGGAGCAAGUGGUGAAGUAUGGAGACACUUACUACAUCCAUCUCAACCGCGUGGAGGGCCCCAUCACCUUGGAGUUUAGGCCCGGACUGAUUCAGUCUACCAAUCACACUGAGAUACAUCAUGCCACAGAGCCUCCACCCGUGGUGCUGUUCAACCAGACGGCGGUGCCAGCCGAGGAAUACGCGGGGCGUCUCAGCGUGACGGAGAAACGGGUGACGCUGCACGCGGUCAGCAUGGCGGACGAGGGCAGCUUCACGGUGCUGGACCGCGAGGGCAAAAUCCGGAGGAGGAACUGCCUGAAUGUCAGAGAGCACCAAGACUUUCUCCGGCCGGUACAUGGAGAAAACGUGAAGAUAAAUCUCUACCUGCAACAUCCCAACGUGAACGUCGUCUAUAGGCCGAAGUCGGACAGCUGGGACCGGGUCAUCCUGGACCAGGGGGUCCUGAUGGAGUCUCUGGAGCCUGUGAUGGAGGGCAGGCUGAGCGUGCAGGGAUCACAGCUCAACAUUAAGAACAUCCAAGUGACCGACGCGGGUAUCUUCAAAGUGACGGACCAGGCCGGGUUUCCUGUGGCUCACGUCUACAUUGAGGUGGAAUCCUACAAGCUGCCUCCGCUGACCGUGGCCGUCCUCUCCAUGCUGAGCGUGAUCGCCUUCAUGCUGCUCGUAUGCCUGCUGUCCUGCAUCUACAGGAUGCACAAGAGGAGCGAGAAGAGCAAGAAGCUGACGCUGAUCGCUCAGCAGGCCGGCAAGGGAGACGGCGAGGCCUUCAGACAGGUGGUCCAUGAAGCCUACACCAGGUUCACGGAGGAGUCUCUCACGCAGUCUGUGUGCGAGCAGCCCACGGAGAGCACAGAGGUCACCAUCAAGGGCCUUGAGGUGUCCAAAUCGGGCCGCUACCACACUCUGUCCUCGGACAAUUUUCUGGAGAUGAGCGACUCUGGGGUGGAGUUCACCACCUCCGGCCUCCCGCUGGACAGUGACACUGAUGCUGGGACCACCUACGCCUCCCGCAAACCCCUCCUGAACGCCGUCUCCCCUACAGCCAUGACCGAGGAAGCUCCCUCUGACUCCCUGGGGGCCACACCGGUCCUCGGUGCAGACCGAAGCCCCGUCACCGCCACCGCCGGUAGCCCCGCCUCCAACCCGCAGUCCCUGGAUGCUGCCGAACCGGACGACUCGUCUCCGGGAGCGGCCUCCGGGGGCGCCGCGGGGUCGGAUUCGGCCAAGACAGAGGGAGGAGGGGCUGAGAGCGAAGACGCCGCGCAGAAGGAGGAACCAGCUCACAGCACCUGAGAAGAUCCAGCAGGGUGCGUGUUUUUGUUUUUUUAAGCUCAUCCAGCGACAACACCCACGACACCCGGGCUCUGUCUACGAUAUCCCAAACACCGCCGAGUCCUUCAUCUCUGCAUUUGGAACAACUUCAUGGACCGACCAUUCAUGCUGGGAGUCACAAUGCACCUCACAAAAUGAUAUGCACUGCGCACGUACAAAGUAGAUGCAGAAGAACAACCCCGUGCAUAUGUGGAGAAUGCAUGUAAUUAAAGGAAAGUAGAUGUCAUAGUUCAGGUCUAGAGGCAAAUGUUGAUUAGAUUGGAUGCAUGCAAGCUUCAAGUGGGCUCAAAAAGAGAAGUUCUCAAAAAAAACCUCUCAGCACUUUCAGGAAACAUGGGAUCAAAGAUUUUAACUUCUGUCACGAGGUUGUCAAAAAAAAAGUCCCCUCAGCUACUAACAAGUAGAACAGCUAGUUGUCUGGCAUCGAUGCAGAUCUCGGUGCGUCGCCUCUGACAGCACGCUUGUCAAUCAAACUCCGCCGUGAUUGCAUUUCACCCCACCCAUGCAAAGACUAUUAUCUACAGUACAAGCAUUUCAGAAGGUGCUUGCCUCAGCACUUGUUCACCAAUAUGCAAGAGGAAAGAAAAAAAACAACGUGUUCUUUCUGGAAAACCCUGAAAACUGAAACAAGCUCUGAAGAUUGAAUAUUGAAAACCACUCCGGUGGUGCUUUCAGGCUCUCUCGUAUCUUUGGGGUUUCAAAUCCGCUACAUUUGAAGGCGUCGCCCGGAGAUACCAAUCAUUCAUUCAACAGGAGCAGGAUCAGUGUAGAAAGUAUCCUUGUCUGUUUUUUUUUUGGGGG